ACUCUCUUCUCAACUACUAUUGCAUUACUACUUGUACAUCACAUAUAAAACAUGGGUUGCCAAUGGAACCAUGGAGGAGGAAUUGUCCAAGCUCUAAACACUCAUGUGUACGGAAAUGGUAGUCAAACCUUGGUUCUUGCUCAUGGCUACGGUUCAGACCAGACGGUUUGGCACUACCUCAUUCCCCUCCUUGCUUAUUAUUUCAAGGUAGUGGUUUUUGACUUGGUUUUCUCUCCGAAUGUGGAUCCAAAACUCUACGACCCCAAGAGGUACACAUCAGAUUUCAAUGGCUACGCUGACGACCUGCUUUGCCUUCUUGACGAGCUCAAUGUGAAAAGGACCAUAUACCUGGGACAUUCCAUGUCUGCCAUGGUUGGAUGCGUUGCUGCUACUAAAAGACCACACCUUUUCCAGCACCUUAUUCUGUUGAGUGGCUCUCCCAGGUACCUCAACACCACAGGAUACACAGGAGGCUUUACCAGACCAGAGCUCGAUGCAAUCUUCAACCAAAUCGAUACAAAUUUCUCAAGCUGGAUACCAAAUUUUGCUCCACUAGCAAUAGGUGCAAACAACACAACUGCAAUAGUGGAGUUAGAACGCAGUUUCCAUAGAAUGAAACCCAAGAUUGCACUCAGUGCUGCUGAAAAUGUUUUGCUAAGUGACCUCAGAAAAGUUUUGCCGAAAGUAAUGGUGCCAACUAGCAUAAUCCAAUCAAAGAAAGACAUGGUGGUUCCAGAAUCAGUUGCAUUUUACAUGAAAAGAAUGCUUGGCACUCCAGCAGAAGUUACAAUCCUAGACACACAAGGACAUUUCCCUCAGUUGACUGUUUAUCCUUUGCUCUUAAAGGUUCUCAAAGGAGUUCUCCACAUCAAAUAGAUGCAUGACUAUAUAUCUAAAUAACUUGGUUCUUUUUAAGAACUUAUUUUCAA